AAAGAGUGGGACCCGCAAGACCUUGCUGUAAGAAGCAGAGUGUUUCCUUUUGAUACGCAGAAUAAUGAAAACAAAGCAACAAGCAAGAUUCAUCAAAUCCUUAUCUUCUCUCUUUCACUCACAACCAAUUGCUCAUCCCACCUACUUGUUCCCCACAAAACACUCUCUCCCUCUUUGUUCUUUCAUCUUCUCUAAGCUCUUUCUCUGAACCUACGCUUCUGCUAAGCUAUUCUAAGAGAAGCCAGACUAGCAAUAAACCCUUCAUUUUAAGCAUUCUGUUUCCUUCUUGAGAAACCUAGAUAUUUUGGUUUCUUGUAUCCGGUGAUGAAGAUACAGUGUGAUGUGUGUGAGAAAGCUCCGGCGACGGUGAUUUGUUGCGCCGACGAAGCUGCUCUCUGUCCUCAAUGCGACAUCGAGAUUCACGCCGCUAACAAACUCGCUAGCAAGCACCAACGUCUUCAUCUUAAUUCCCUCUCCACCAAAUUCCCUCGUUGCGAUAUCUGCCAAGAGAAGGCAGCUUUCAUUUUCUGUGUAGAGGAUAGAGCUCUGCUUUGCAGGGACUGCGAUGAAUCCAUCCACGUGGCUAAUUCUCGAUCUGCUAAUCACCAGAGGUUCUUAGCCACUGGGAUCAAAGUAGCUCUGACCUCAACUAUAUGUAGUAAAGAAAUUGAGAAGAAUCAACCUGAGCCUUCCAACAACCAACAGAAGGCUAAUCAGAUUCCUGCUAAAUCCACAAGCCAGCAGCAACAACAACCUUCUUCUGCUACUCCACUUCCCUGGGCUGUUGACGAUUUCUUUCACUUCUCUGAUAUUGAAUCCACCGACAAGAAAGGACAGCUUGAUCUUGGGGCAGGGGAGUUGGAUUGGUUUUCAGACAUGGGAUUCUUCGGUGAUCAGAUUAAUGACAAGGCUCUUCCUGCAGCUGAAGUUCCUGAGCUUUCUGUUUCGCAUUUAGGUCAUGUUCAUUCAUACAAACCUAUGAAGUCAAAUGUUUCACACAAGAAGCCGAGGUUUGAGACCAGAUAUGAUGAUGAUGAUGAGGAACACUUCAUUGUCCCUGAUCUUGGCUAAAAAGCUAUAUGUAAUCUAUGUGUAGACAUUCUUCAAUGUAAAAGAACAAACAAGAAACCUAUCUGCAUGUGUGGAGUUAAUGUCAUAUACAUUUUAGUUUUGUCUUAAGUUGUGUAAGAUAUGUUGAGAGCUUAUAACAAAUGUCUGUGUUUGAGUUUUGUUCAUACCUCUUGAACAUGGUCUAUGCUUAAUGCUUUGAUGCUACAAACUUGAUACUAAAUGUGUUCUCUCUGUUCUUUCUUGGUUUUUUUUUGUUUGUUCCUGAUUAUUACUCUGUUUUCAAAGCCUUGAGAAACAAUCCUCAAUGCAAUUUACGGUUCCA